AUGGCACCGAAUGAGGAACAUGUUACCAAACUCGUCAAUGCAGACCCAGGUCUACCCAGAUCAAACCCAACAGAGUCCUAUUGGCAACACAUCCCCCACCCACUUGCCAACACCCAGUCUCCAACUCUGCCUAUAGAGGCGAACUACGCGAUCAUCGGAUCAGGAAUAACAGGACUCUCCAUCGCAAAAACAAUUCUAGAAAAAAGCCCCGCUGCAAGGGUAACAAUUUUAGAAGCGCGAACGCUGUGCUCUGGUGCCACGGGCCGGAAUGGCGGACAAAUGGCCGCUAAUGCGGGUGAGGAGUAUAUGCAUUUGGCCGCGAUGCACGGACCAGAGAUGGCGGGGCGAAUUGCAAAGUUCACGCUGAGGAAUUUGGAGAGGAUGCAGGAUUUGAUUGAGGAGUAUGAUGCGGUUGGUGUUAGUGAGAUGCAGCGGUUGCACAAGUUGAGGGUUUUCUUGACGGCUGGGAAGUUUUCGGAAUUUAAGGAGAGUAUUAAGCGGAUGGAGGGGGAUCAUCCUUCGCUGAGGGGACUUUAUACUAUUCUUGAUGAACAGACUGUGCUGAAGUUGUCUGCGCAGGACUUUGGUAUUCAUGGUGCAGCUGGCGGAGCACUGAUCCCGGCUGGCACAGUCUGGCCAUACAGUCUGGUGACAAAGAUUUUUGCAGAUCUGCUGAAGAAGUAUUCAGAUCGAUUCACGAUAGAAACGAACACCCCGGUCUUGGAUGUGGGACAUGACCCGAAGUCCACGACGCCAUUCCCCUACACGCUGCGCACGUCCCGUGGUCCACUUCGCGCUGGGAAUGUCAUUUAUGCCACGAAUGGAUAUACAGGACAUCUCCUGCCCAGUCUGCGAGGAAGUAUUCAUCCAUUCAAGGGCACCAUGACAGUUCAAGAUCCCGGUACCUUGGUCCCAAACCAGGGCAAGUCUGUUUCCUGGGGAUUCCAUUAUCCACCGACUCACGACCCCGAGACCGGAAGAUCGGGAUUUGGGCUAUAUUAUCUCGGCCAGAGCGCGAAGACGGGAUAUUUCUAUUUCGGAGGCGAGAAUGCUCGAGUCGAUGAUACUAUUUCAGCUGAUGAUAGCUUUGUUGGAGAGAAUUCUGUUUCGCACUUGCGGGAUGUCUUGCCGCGGUUUUUUGGGGAGAAUAAAUCUACUGCUUGGAAGCUUGUUAGUUCUUGGAGUGGAAUUAUGGGCUUUUCGUCUGAUGGAUUGCCUCUGGUUGGACGUUUGCCUUCUUCCAUUUCUGGGCGGAGUGGUGGAAGGGAAUGGAUUGCGGCUGCGUUUAAUGGAUAUGGGAUGGCGAAUUGCCUGUUGAGUGGAGAGGCAUUGGCUUUGAUGGCUUUGGGAGAACGUGUCGACUGGCUUCCUGGUGCAUAUGGAUUGGAUGAGAAGAGACUGGGGAGUGUUUUGACUGCGCCGGAAUCUGUUAAGGCGCUGACUGCAAAGCUAUAG